AUGGUUCUCUUCGCCAGCUCUCGGCAGAAGCGAAAGGCAUCAUCGUCUUCAACAACAUCAUCAGCCAAGAAAAAGGAGAGGGCAGCAUCCGACCCGCCGGCAGGGACCCACAACAUCAUCAAUGCCUUCGCUAAAGGCAGUGGCAAACCGGUGGUGCGUACGCGUGGGGAUGGCAGCACGGAGGAGAUCACGAACAUCAAUUUCACCGCGCCUCCACCGCCUCAACCGACAGUGCCUUGUACGAAGUGCAACCGUCGUUUCUUCAACACCCAGGGCCUUGGGGUGCACAUCAAAACUGACCACGAGCGUGAAGCGAAGAUCUCACUUCAACGGUGGUGUUCAACGAACAGGAAGGGGGCGGAGGCAUCAUCUCUCCUCCCUUGGGGUGGGACACCGUCAGGACGUUGCUGUCACGUUGCGUUUCACCAUGGAGAGAGUCGCGGAUGCGGCGCGACAUGUCCGCCAGGAUCCGUGACGUUUGUGCUGCAGCCUUUACGACCUGGAGCCGAGCGGAACAACAACCUCGUGAACGACGGCUUUUCACAAUCGGAGUCGCCACCAAAGAAAACGUGUGGAGCAGCCUCGAGGAGACGGUACACCUCGCGCGAGAAGGUCGGUGUUAUUCAGGAGCUGCGAGAUCUAGAGUCGCGGUCAACGGAGGUUCGUGCGCACUUCGGUAUGACCCCUCUCUUUUACUUGGAACAUAAGUCAGGGAUCUCGGCCAGCAAUAUCAGCAAAUGGCAGAAGGAUGAAGACUCUCUCGUGCAGCAGGCAGCUGACAAGGUGCGGAGUAGUCUGAUGGCGACAUGCACUCGACGGCGGCUGUGGUUCCCUGACGCGGAGAAGGAGCUGCACAAGAUGUUGCUGGCACGACGCAAGAGGAAGCUGCGGGUGUCGACAAGGUGGAUCACGGUCACUUUCAAAAAGCUUACCAUGGAAAGUUACCCGCAAGAUCCACGAGCAAAGGCAUUCCGGCCGUCCUUCCGGUUCGCGCAAAAGUGGGCUACGAGGCACUCGCUGUCUAAGCGGCGGCGGUCUGACUCCAAGAAUAAGUCUGUGGAGGAGAGACUGCAGAACAUUUCGCUUCUAGGGAGUGGCCUUACGUGCAGCCGUCGGUAG